UGUGCGCAUUAACAAGCAGCUUUUGAAAACGCGCUUCAUUUGCGUCACGGCUCGUCUGUUCGUUUGCUCUCUUGGGACUGGCCUCGUGCUGAUAACAGACAACUGGUGCAGAGACACAUGUGGAGAAACGGCGACAAAACAUCAUAAUGGAGAAACUUUAUUUGGUUGGCCUACUAAUUAGGCCCUAAUUCAAAACAACUGUAAUGCAGCAGCGUAGCCUAAUGAAAAAUAGGGGCAUGUCUGCCGAAAAUUUACAUAGUUUAUCCAUACUUAAAGAUGAAUCCUCCAUAUUUAAUGUUAAAUUAAUUUAUGUAAACACAAAUAAUGCUGUGCAAUUAUAUGACACAUUACUAAUGUAGUUUUUACAGUUCUGUUAUCAGUUUUUAUUUAUUUAUUGAUGCAAACAUCAUCCAUACUCAGUAUUAAAGGUAUUUAUGUGCAUGGUCAAAUAUGAGUUAUUUGGAUACAUAUUAGGAAAUAUUAUUUUUUAAUAGUGUCAAUGGUCACAGACUAUCAGAAUUAAGAACCAGGGUUAUUACUUAAAAAAAAAAAAGAAACCUGCAUUAAUAGUGUAAAAACCUCUACAAACAUGUCUCUGCUUUCUGAUAAAUGUCUGUUUGGUUGAACAGGACAAAUAAGCCAAAUGGCUCCUAACAAACUGUAACCUGGACAUACAAAUUAAGGGAAAUUAGUCGUUUAUUUAUUUUUAUCUUUAAAGCUGACUCUCGGGUCAUUACUUUCCUUUGUGUUUGCGUUUUGUUUUUCACCCCACCAUCAUCAAUCACUGCCCAAUCAUCUCUUGGUGUUAGCUGAAUACAGGGUCAUCCUGUCAUCAAAGGCAGCGGGGUCGCCUUAUCACCCACCGUCCCACAGGUGUAGAGCUCAGUCCACGGCUCUCUCUCUCUCUCUCUCGCUCGCUCGCUAAAAUGACAGCAGGAGCUCUGCGCGUCUGGUUCGUCGUCGCUCUCCAGCUCAGGUGCGUCACCCUGCUCGCCAUCCCGCGGGACAGAGGGACGGCAGGCAAACAGGAGGGUUCGGACGCGACGAAGACUGUGAGCGAGAAACUGGACGCGUUGUUUCAUCUGAAGGAUUUACCUCGAGGUCCAACUGUGGCUCCUCACAAGAAGGCGCCUCAGUUCAUGUUGGAUCUUUUUAACGCGGUGACAGUGGCCGAUGGGACGCCGAAAAGCCAAAAGGAGAUUCUGGAAGGAAACAUAGUGAGGAGUUUCGAGGAUAAAGGUCAUGCUGGAGAGAGGUUUCACUUUUUCAACCUGUCGUCUUUUGGCAGAGAGGAGAGAAUGAUUAAAGCUGAGUUCCGCUGGUUCAGAAAGAAACAGAAGUUUUACCUCGGAAGGUCAUACAGUCCUCAUUUCUACAAGGUGGAUCUGUAUGAGGUGUUGGACAGCCGAGUGAAGCCAUGGAGAGGAAACCUCAUCACAUCCAGACUGGUGCCUCUGUACACACAGGGAUGGGAAGUCUUCAAUGUCACUCAAACGGUGUCCAAGUGGAUCCGCAACAGUCAGGAGAACAACGGCAUCCUGGUGGUGACAACACUUCCUUCUGGUAACUGGAUGGAGUCAGUGGUUUCCUCAUCUAAGCAGAAGCUGACAGACACAAACGCCUACCUGGUCAUAUUCUCAGACGAUGGGAGGGCAGGAGCCUCAAAUCAGUCAUACUUGGGACAAGCUCAACCUGCAGCUGCAGCACCUGAGCUCCAGGAGCACAGCAGCAGAAGGCGACGCAGAGCUCCAGAUUUCUUACCUUAUGGCCGCUCUCAGUCCUGCCAGCGCGUUCCCCUCUUCGUUGACUUUGAGGAGAUCGGCUGGUCAGGAUGGAUCAUCUCUCCCCUUGGUUACAACGCCUACCACUGCAAAGGCUCCUGCCCGUUCCCGCUGGGAGGAAGCCUCAGAGCGACCAACCACGCCACUGUGCGCUCCAUCAUGCAUGCACUCAAGCUCUCUGUUGAUGAAGUGGAGGCGCCAUGCUGUGUGCCUGACAGACUCCAGUCCAUCAGUUUGUUAUAUUUUGAUGAUGAGGAGAACGUGGUUUUGAAGCAGUAUGACGACAUGGUGGCAUUGAGCUGCGGCUGUCACUGACUGUCUGUGCAUCUCCUGCACCCUUUAACACUGGGACAAUGAGGGAUGGGGAGAUGAUGGUUUUGCUUGAGUUGAUAAAAUACUGUAUUUUCGUGCAUUUGUUUAAAUAUUGUAUUAUUUUGAGAAAUUAAACAACUAUUCCCCAACUAUUAA